AAUUUCAAAAACCCUAAUAAUUUAUAAUACUCCACAAUUUAUUAAUCAAUUCAUUUCUCUUUCAAAUUCCCCGCAAACCCUAGAAAUUGCUUCUUCCUCAUACAUUAAUCUCCCCUUAAUUUCACAAAAAAUCCAGAUAUUUACGGGUUUUGAACAACUGUAUACAAAUGAACGGAUCUGAACAAGGUGAGAUGUUUCAAUCGGCAAUGACGCCGGUAACGUCUCAACCGCCGGUCAGUAGCGCGCGUUUGCCGUACCCCGGUGGCGGGUACAACGUCGCUACGGAUGUAACGGGUGGCGGUGGUGGUGUGGGGUUACACCAGAAUAUUAAUAUUAACGAGUAUGGUGGCGGUGAAACAAUGGUGAAAAGGCGGGGGAGGCCGAGGAAGUACGGUCCUAACGGGUCUGUGUCUCCGCCUGCGGUCAGUGCAGCUGUGGCGGGGAAUGUGGCAGCUGGUAAUGUCAUGGUGGGUUCGUUGAAUGGAGGUUUGGAAGAGCAGCAGCAAGCACGUUUAGCUGCUGCUGUUCUGCCUAUUUCUGCGGCUCCGGUUAGUUCUGUUCCGAUGGAGGAGGGGUUUGCUUCGGUGAAGAAGGGGAGAGGGAGACCACCUGGUUCGUUGAACAAGAAACCGAAAGGAGAAGCUGUAGGAUCAUCUGGAUUCGGUUUUACUCCACAUAUCAUCGUGGUGCAGCCUGGAGAGGAUGUACUAAACAAGAUCAUGUCAUUCGCUCAGAACGGGCCUAGGGCGAUAUGCAUCAUGUCUGGCAUCGGCGUCAUCAAUAACGUAACACUUCGUCAAGCCGCAACUUCUGGUGGAACUGCAACAUAUGAGGGGAGAUUUGACAUAUUGUCACUUUCGGGUUCGUUUGUGCUAUCAGAGGCGUCCGGUCAGCGCACUCGGACAGGUGGACUAAGCAUCACAUUGAAUGAUGGAUCAAAUGCUCGGGUUUUUGGUGGUGUUGUAGCAGGACUCUUAACUGCUGCAUCUCCUGUUCAGGUUAUAGUAGGAAGUUUUCUUCCAGAAAACCGUAAAGAACCUCUAUUGGCUAACCUUGUUGAACCAUCGGCUAACCAUGGCAUGGGACCGAGCAGCCCACCGUCUCAUGGGACCCUGAGUGAGUCAUCAGGUGGGCCCGGGAGUCCAGUGACCCGAGGUAAUGAACGUAGCUCUCAGGACAUGACAAGUAUGCCAUGGAAAUGAUCUUUUUUGUAGCGGUAAGAUUUUAUGGACUAGUGGUUUGAGGGUUAAUUGUAACUUUAGUUUAGUCUUCAGUGAAACCUUUUACCAAACAAGUAACAAGGUUUAUUUAUUUAUUUAUUUUUAUUAUUUAUUUUCUUA